CAUCUCACACUCUCUCUCUCUUGUCUCUCUGAUCGCGAUUCACGGGGUGACCGACAGCACUGUCACUUUCUGCAGGCGCGGGGACAUGUACUGACGGCACGGGGCUUCAAGGGAGACACAGAGCGAGUUCGCUUUGGAAGAGACCUUUAUUUUAUUUUUCCUCUCUUCUAUUUUGCCUGCAAUUGAACUUUGUGGAUUACUGCUGAUUUCUAUUUAGCGCAAAAGCCAACCAUGGAGGAGUCGAGCUCCCAGAAGCUGGUGUGGGACAGCGAUGCCAAGGCGGUGCAACAGUGCCUCACCGACAUCUUCACCAGUGUCUACACCACCUGCGACAUCCCCGAGAACGCCAUCUUCGGGCCCUGCAUCCUCAGCCACACGUCGCUCUACGACAGCAUCGCCUUCAUCGCCCUCAAGUCCACCGACAAGCGCACCGCGCCAUACAUAUUCCGGGUGGACACGUCCGCUGCCAACAGCACGUCGGACGGCCUGAUGUGGCUGCGGCUGGUCCAGUCGGCGCGGGACCGCGAGGAGCAGAACCUGGAGGCCUACGUGAAGAACGGCCAGCUGUUCUACCGCUCGCUGCGGCGGAUCGAGAAGGACGAGGAGCUCCUGGUGUGGUACGGCAAGGACCUGAUCGAGCUGCUGCUCCUCACCGCCAGCAGAGCGCCCGCCAAAACCAAAGGCUCUCCUCCAUACGUGUGUCCAGACUGUAGUCAGCGGUUCCAGUUUGAGUUCCCCUUCCUGGCCCACCAGCGGUUCCGCUGCACCAAGAGACUACAGAGCCUGAGCGGGCCCGAGGAGGAGCCGCCCAAGGAGAGCAGCGAGCCGUCGGCCCGCACGCCCACCCGCUCCAGCCCCAAACUGGGCCGGCCGGACGGCUUCCCCAACCCCCCGGAGUCCGGCGGCACCGGCACCGGCACCGGCACCGGCACCGGCGGCGGCAAGCCGGCCACCGACUUCCACAACCUGGCCCGGGACCUGGAGAACAGCCGCACCAGCCCGCCCAGCGACAAGGAGGCGGAGAUCUCCAGCGAGAGCUCGGCCAAGCGCAAGUUCUCGGACAUGGAAGAGGGCGGCGCGGGCCCGUUGACCGUCAGCAGCAGCAGCAGGAGUAGUGGGCUCGGUCUGCCCAUGAAGUCCAAAGAGGAGCUGGCCACGUCGGCGCGCGAGUACCGGGGGGCCUACGGCCUGGAGCCGGAGAACGUGGCCCGCCGCACCUUCUCGCCGCCGGGCGCCGCGGCCGACCCGCCGGGCACCGAGGGCAAGCGCAGCGCCUUCACCGAGGUGCGCAAGUCCCCGCAGAGCCUCAGCAAGCACGGCGCCAAGACCUCCGGUUCCUCGACCUCCUCCUCUUCGUCGUCCUCCUCCAACGCGGAGAACAAGGAGUCGGGCCGGUCCGGGGGCAGCCCGUCGGACAGGCACCCUCUGGGCGUGCGGCAGGUGCUGGGCGAGACGCAGUCGCCGCCGCAGUCGCGGAUGGACCCUCCGCCGCUGCACCUGGCCAGCGCCUUCACCUCCGUGGCCCAGCAGGUGGGCGGCGGGUCGGGCGCGCCCGAGAGGAAGAGCGCCUUCAGCCAGCCCGCCCGCUCCUCCUCCUCCUCCUCCGCCUUCCCGCAGCUCUCGCCGCUGGUCAUGGCGCCCAAGCUGCUGGACUGCCACCCGGCGGUGGGCGACACCGUCUCGUCCAGCAGACUCUACCAGGCCGACCACCUGGCCGCCAAGCUGCAGGGCUCGGAGCUGGGGGGCGCGUGCCCCGUGCCGGGCAGCCUGGCCAAGCAGAGCCCCUUCCUGUACGCGGCGGCGGCCGCCACGGCCUUCUGGCCCAAGAGCGCGGCGGUGGCGGCGGGCCCCAUCCAGAUGCAGGUGCCGUCGGCGCUCACGCUGCUGCCGCCCUCGUUCACCUCGCUGUGCCUGCCCGCGCAGAACUGGUGCGCCAAGUGCAACGCCUCCUUCCGCAUGACCUCCGACCUCGUCUACCACAUGCGCUCGCACCACAAGAAGGAGUUCGCCAUGGAGCCGCUGGUCAAGCGCCGCCGCGAGGAGAAGCUCAAGUGCCCCAUCUGCAACGAGACCUUCCGGGAGAGGCAUCACCUGUCCCGUCACAUGACCUCGCACAACUAGCACGCCACUUCUGCCCCCCAAAACAAGGGACCUAGGGUG